GCUUGGUACCAAUCCUGAUAACAAUGUGAUACCAAUACCAGGUUAUAAUGGUACCAAUGUGAGUGUUUGAGUCUUUUUUGGACUCAAACAGUUGGUUACCAAGGCUUUCUCUUCAUCACCCCCACUCCUUCCGUACUCUUCCUCCUCCCAUACCCUUUGUUUUCUUGGAGUUAGUAAUAGUAUUUCUCAUUUCUCUUCCUUUUUCUAACUAAACAUCUCCAUUCUCUCUCCUCCUCUUUCAUUCUCUCUCCUCUCUUUUCACAAUGAGAACAACCCACUCACACCACCAUAAUAAUCAUCACAACAAUCAUCAACCUCCAAAGAAAAACACUUCUUCUUCUUCUUCUUCCCUUUUUUCAUGUGCAUUUUUCCGCCAUUGUACUCAAUCUCCACUUAGCCCCACCACUCCUUGCUCAUCACCGCCGCGUUUGCCACCUUCUUUACCUCUCCAACCACCACUUCCGCCACCACAAACAUCCAAUAAAUCCAUUUCUUUUGCACAACCACCGCCACCACACCACCACCACCACCCGAAUAAAGUAUCCGAGUCCGAAUCCUCCUCCUCUUCCACCUCUCACAGUUUCACCCAAUGGCGUUUCCCGCCUACCUUUCCUCAUCCACCGCCAGACCUCUCGCCGCCGCCGCCACCGCCACCGCCGCCACCACCGGUGAUGACGGAUCAAAAUCAAGACUUUCAGUUUUCUAACCUCAUGGAGCUCUUCCACAUGGCGGAGCUCCGGUUCACCUCCGGGUCGGACUUGGACCGGAUUACGGCACUCCAUAUGUUGGAGCAGUCAUUGGUUCCAAACCCACCCUCGGAUGCUGUCCCCGAGAGCGGGGCUGAGGUGGUGGUUCCGGUGGUGGUGGUGGACGAGGUGGUUCAGUAUAUGACACGAACCUCCUCGGCCAAGUCGGCUACAAAGAUCCUCCUCGCGCUUUGUUUAGCCGAGGGGAAUCGUCGGGUGGCAGUAGAAUGUGGUGCACCCACGCGUGUGGUGGAUGCGCUACCUGACCUUGAUGGGGCAGUAGUCGAGCGAGCAUUGGCCGCUCUCGAGCUUAUGUGCACUGUUCCCGAGGGGGCGGCCGAGGUGCGUGCACAUGCGCUUGCGGUGCCCAUGCUUGUAGCAACAAUGGGAAGGAUGGAAGGCCGAGGGCGGGAGUACGCUAUUAGCGUACUCACCGCCGUAUAUGGUGGUGGUGAAGAAGACCACCAAGUGUGGGAGGCGGCGCCACCAGAAGAGGUGGCACGAGCGGUAGUGCUGGCCAUGCAGCAAGGGAAUUGUAGUGCAAGGGGGAAGAGAAAAGGUGCUCAGCUACUCAAGGUUCUUCAAGAAAAUGGAAGGGUGGAUUUAACUCAGUAAUUAAUUAAUUAAGAUGCAUGAGAUUAUGAAUAUAUAUGAUUAAUAGUAAUUAUCUAUGUUACUCAGAUACGGAUUGAGUGUCUACUCGGAUAUGGGUGUUCAAGUGUUCAAUUCGGCUAUUUUGUUGAAAAAAGUCAAGUUUUUAGUUUAAAAUGAAGCAUCCAAGUAAAUGUCGGGUCGGACACGAUACGACACGACACUCCGUAUUUAAGGUAGAUGAAGGAGUCGAAGUAACACUGGUAAUUAUAUAUAUUAUACUAAUAUAAGUGGUUGGAAUAUUAUGAAUUCUGCACCUUGAUUCUUUCUGGUGAUUCCUUUGUGGAGUGGAAUCAUCGAAUUUCGGAAGUAAUGGAGUACUGUUAUUAUAUAUAGUAGAGUAAUAGUUUGUUUUUUGUUUUCAACAUUUCAUGUCGAGCUUUCAUUUUAAUGAUAUUUGUAUAGUUAACGAUAUUGUAGUUUAUAUAAUUAUAUAUUUUAUUUAGUCAUAAUA